AUGACGGCGUACUUCCGUGGCCUUGGAGGAAAGACCGCUGGAAUGUUAUGGGAGCACGUGGCACCAUAUGGGUGGCUACUCACGUUUACUUGCCUUCUGGCCUAUUUCAUCUUCAAUAACUUGAUCCGGCCAAAAUUAAAAGCAAUAUGGGAAUCGAAGGAAUUGAUCGAAAGGAAAAAGUUCGAUGAAAAUGUUCACGCUCGUAUCGCCACAAGGUUGGAAAUAGCUCGAGAGGCUCAACAACGACGUCACGAUGCUGUUGCAGAAGAAGCCAAGCGAGCUGCCGAAGAAGCUGCUCGUAAAAAGCUCGAGCUCAUGGAGAAGGAUCUGCGAAAUAAGAGUGUUUUGGAAACCACCCUCAUAUCGCGUGACCUGAACAUGAAAAAGAAGAUGGCGGACAAACGUCAGAGUCCGGGAGAAUUCAUCGAUGCUCACAUUUCUGCCAAGCCCGUCGUCGUGUUCAGCAAGACAUGGUGUUCGUAUUGCAGAAAGGCGAAAGCAGCAUUGGCAACAUUACGGCUUCGAAAGGAGCAGUAUGAAUACAUUGAACUAGAUGAACGAACGGAUUUGCCUGUUGACGCGAUACAGGACGAAUUUCAGAAGAGAUAUGGUAGCAGAUCAGUCCCCAAGGUAUUCAUCGGAGGAGAGUUCAUAGGCGGCGGCGACGAUAUCGCAAGGCUGUUGCACGAAGGAGAAUUGGAGUCUCUGGUAGAAGCAGUCUUGAAAUCUCAGUAG